AUGGAGCAGCAGCAGCAGCAGCAGCUCCAGCAGCUCCAGCAGCUGCAGCAGCAACAGCAGCUGCAGCAGCAACAGCAGCAGCAGGAUCCUCCGGGUCCUCUAUUUCCUGCUGCAGCAAGUGGCAUUCUGCAAACUCCUGGCGUCUCAUUCAACACCACGCGCUCAUCUCCAGGGGAGAACACAGGUUCUCUUCCUGUGACCUACCCAAUAGACUACAAGAGCUGGGCUGCUGCAGCAACACAGCUGCAGCAAGGGCGGCUGCCCUCUCCACCGUCAGUUAUGCACACACCGCAAGGCUCUCCACCUCGCGAUGUGUGGGGUCCGCACAGCUUGUGCCCACUGUACUCUCCCACAUUGGAGAGUGACUUUGCGGCGUGGCAGCAGCAGCCUGUCACCCCACAGGAGGGGCCACUGGAGCAGCAGCAGCAGCAGCUGCUGCUGCUCCAGCAGCAGCAGCUCUCUGGGGACUGUCCAAGCGGUGGGGGCCCUCCCGCUCGCCCGAGCGGUUUGUCCAGCGAGAGCGUGAACGCCAGCUUCGAUAAAGCACUUAAAGAUGUUUGCUUCAGGGUGCACAAGGAUAGUUCAGGCAGCACUUCUUCAGUCUCGACCCCAGAGAAAGCGCCCCAAGCCAGUCUUGCCCUGGAUAAGCUCAUGCCCGCUGCGCACAUAUCGGUCAACGGCUGCUUGUGGAUGGGGGAAGACACGCCAUUUGCUGCAGCCGCCCCAACAGCCGCGGCGGACGGGGCCGGGGUCGACGCCAGCCAGCAACAGCAGCAGCAACAGCAACAGCAACAGCAGCAAAUGCAGCAGCAACAGAACCAGCGCCCCUCCGGCAGGUCACGAACCCAAGGGCGGACUAAAUACGGCCGUUCACACAACCAGUCCGACCCUCUCGUUCGGAGCAGACCUUGUAGUGGGCUCACAGAAAACUGCAACAGGUCAUCUUUCGCCCAGGCUCUCAACCAGGCGAAGCAGCUGCUGCAGGUGCCGCUGCAGCAGCAGCAGCAGCAGCUCGCGGAUGCUGCGGGCGCCGCUCAGAUGCACGACUGCCUCGCUCGCUUGCAUGAGGCCGUGCUUCUUUUGCAGAGGGAAAAUCAGCAGCUGGUGUCACGGGUCCAGCAGCUACAGCAACAGCAGCAGCAAAUGCGCAUGCAGGCGCUUCACCAUCUGCAGGCAUGUGCAAAGAAUGGGGGUGCAGCUUCUCGUGCGCAGUCAUUGAGUCCAUUCGGAAAAGCUAGCGAGCUCAGCGCAUCCGCAGAGAGAUGCAGAAGCGGCGGUUUAACAGCCGCGCUCGGCAGGGUUCUAAGCGGCAGUGCCCUGCCUCUCCCAGAGGAGACCCCGGAUGGGAUCCGCAGUGCUCCCAAUCCAUCCACCCCUCUUCUUCGCGGUGGAGACAUCUCUGUGGAAGGAUUCCUUAGCACGUUCCCAUUUGCUCCUUGUUCUCGCGAGUACAGUCACUCGGUUCUAAAGUUCUGCGCAGACCACAACUUAGUUGUUAGGCUCCUGGGGUCCCAGGGUCGCCAUGUGGAGUUACUGGAAAAAGAGCACCGAUGCCGCAUUCAAACUUCAGCUCAGGCGGCUUCGUUCCCGGGAUAUCCCAACGGCCGAUGUGUACUUUUCAUGGGGGCCCUUCCAUCGCUUUUGCGAGCGAGUGCAGAUCUUUUUGCUGUCGCCGACACCAGCAGGCCGGGCCUCCGUUCCAAUGUGGGAGGGUACAGGAUGUGUCUCAUUGUGCCUGGAGAGUACGUAGGGAGACUGCUGCGCACCAACUGCUCUGGGCUGCACGCGUUGCAAGAGGGAGGUGGCAAGUCCGUUCAUAUUGCUCUAGGGAAUCUCUGUGUGUUAUUGGGAGGAGGCUACUCGGAGCGCGUGCUUCUAAUAGACGGGUCACUCGAGGGAGUUGCCCGGGUACUUGAGAUGGCAGCAACGCAGCUGCAGGACUUCUUCCGCAGAAACCCCGGGCCGUCAGGAGGGCAGCCUUCUUCAGAUGAGGUGCCCAUGAUCCAGAGGUACGAAUUCCUUGAUUAUCCGAAGAGGAUUGACUUGCAGUUAUUGGAUACGAGGCAUCAAGCGCAGCCCUGA